ACUCCGCAGUCGUGACCGCCGUCAAGCGCUCGUUGUGGUCCCCUUUGUGAGCUGUUCUUCUCUGCCCCUGCUCGUCGCAACGAGAACGCCCCGGCGAAAGCAUUUAACGAGGAGCUGCACCGCAUCCUUGCAAGCAUCCGGUGAAACUGCCACAAGAAACGAACACAAGCCGGAGAUCACCGAAAUAGUUCGUUGAACUCUAGCGCCUUCCUCAGUGUAAUCGACAGCCACAAAACUCCGACACGUAAAUCAAUGGAGUCGAAAGACAAGAGCUCCCGGUCGGGCUCUCGGGCCAACCUGAACGAGUCGACGCUGCCUCUACUCGAGGACGUGGGCGGCGGCGACAUCAAGGCAGCCGACGAGGCCAAGGAGAAGAUCGAGCUCGAGCUCAAGGGCGGAGACUCAGGCUCUAAGGGCGAGGACUCGAACGCCGCCACGGCCGAGCCCGGCUCGGACGCUGGCGGCAAGGAGGCCGGCGGCGAGUCUGACGCCGAGGCCGGCAAGAAGGACAAGAAGGGCAAAGACAAGAAGAAGGACAAGAAAGAGAAGAAGGAGAAGAAGGCGUCGUCGCACAAGCGGUCGCCAUCUUGCGUUGAGACGCUUACCAUCGGGCUCAACCUGCUGGACCGGGACGAGAAGCACGUCAACGACAGCAUCAACCUGGUGUUCGAAGACGUACUGGCCGAGCCCGACGCGAGCCACGGCUUCGACGGUGCCUGGAAGCUCACCUACCUGGUGUUCUCCACCACGCGCCUGUGGUGCUACCGCCUUCUGGCGGCCCUGCUGGCGCUGCCCUGCGGCCUCACCUGGGGACUCCUCUUCUCCCUGCUCUCGCUCGUGCACGUGUGGCUGCUGACGCCCGCGUUGCGCGUACUCGACGUCUUCCUGCACGUCGUGCACAGGGUGUGGGGCGGCCUUGUGCGGACCCUGCUGGACCCGGUGUUCCAGUCGAUCGGCAAGGUGGCCGGAGACGUGCGCGUCACCCGAACGCAGGUCUACCCCAAGAACGACUUCGCCCACGACCCGUGAGGCGGCGCCACGGGCGCUUUUCCGUGGCUCCCGUCGUCCGUCCUCCGCGGUCGAGCCAGCGGAUCAAUCGAGGCGUUGUUGCCGGACCCAACUUUUUUUUUUAGCCGGGGCCAAGCGGUGGAAGAGAAGCGGUCGGAGAUGAAGAAGAAUGGCGUGGCGGACCCACUUUACCCCCUCGUCGACCCCUUUUUUUUUUUUUUUUGGCAAUGGCGAUGGGGCGAGCGGACCACCCACCAAGCUUCCAUGACCUCUGACCCAGCAACAAACCGUUACCCCACAACCGAUUUAGUUUUUUUUUUUCACUCUCUGUCGCCAAUUUGAACUCUGCACUACUGUCAACCCACCACCCUGAUAAUAAUGAGGCAGUAUGUUGAGAAACAAAGCUACAAAAAAAAAAGGCGAACGUCCGGGGGAAUUCAGCCCAUGCUUAGUUUUUGAGUGUCACCCGUGCUGUAAGAGUGCUCGUUUAACCUUGC